CCGCCGCCGCCAUGAACUGGGCCCAGCUGCUGUUACUUUGCAAGUUAUGGCUAACUGCUGAAGCCAUUAUCAGAAUUCCGCUGACAAAAUUCCGGUCCAUGCGCCAUUCGCUGACGGAUGUUGCAGGCUCUGUUGAGAAUCUUGUUGCUGCCGGACAGCUUGGGAAUGGGAAGUAUACCCAGUCCUCGGGAGAUACUCCGGAAAUCCUCACAAACUACCUGGAUGCCCAGUAUUAUGGCCAGAUUGGCAUUGGCACUCCACCACAGCUCUUCACCGUGGUCUUUGACACUGGAUCAUCCAACCUGUGGGUGCCUUCAUCCCACUGUUCCUUCUGGGACUUUGCAUGUUGGUUUCACCACAAGUACAAAUCAGAUGCGUCCAGCACAUACGUGAAGAAUGGAACAGCGUUUAAUAUUCGCUAUGGAACUGGGAGCCUCAGUGGAUUCCUCAGCCAGGACACUGUAACUAUUGGUGACUUGAAAGUUCCAUUGCAGACCUUUGCCGAGGCAGUUAAGCAGCCGGGAUUGAUGUUCCUCGCUGCAAAGUUCGAUGGAAUCCUUGGCAUGGCCUACCCAAAAAUUUCUGUUGAUGGCGUCCUGCCUGUCUUUGAUAACAUGAUGAAACAGAAGAUAUUGGAAAAGAAUGUCUUCUCCUUUUACCUGAACAGGGACCCGAGUUCUCGGCCUGGAGGUGAACUGUUGCUGGGAGGGACUGACCCCAAGUACUAUACUGGAGACUUCCACUAUUUGAAUGUCACACGCCAGGCCUACUGGCAGAUAAAGGCUGACAAGGUAUCUGUAGGCAGUCAACUGACCCUGUGCAAGGGAGGUUGCCAGGCGAUAGUGGACACAGGAACGUCGCUCAUCGUUGGGCCUGUGCAAGAGAUUGAAGCCCUUCAGAAGGCCAUUGGUGCACUGCCCAUCAUUCAGGGAGAGUACAUGAUCAACUGCGCCAAGAUUCCGACUCUCCCCAGUGUCACCUUCACGCUGGGAGGCAAGGAGUUCUUGCUGACCGGGAAGGAUUACGUGAUGAAGAUCACCAAGUUUGGAAGGACUAUAUGCCUUAGUGGAUUCAUGGCCAUGGACAUCCCACCCCCUGCUGGACCACUCUGGAUCUUGGGCGACGUUUUCAUUGGCCGCUAUUACAGCAUCUUUGACCGCACCAACAACCGCGUGGGUUUCGCCACAGCGGUGUAAAGCAUUCUCCAGGAUCUGAGACUAUUUGCUGUUUUCCAUGCGUGUCCCUGAUGAUCAGGCUGUUUAUAGCUCAACCCUAACCCUGCACCUCCGUGAACCCUGUUGCCCCAGUUAGAACCGCUACCUAAACCCAGUGUCAGGGAGGCGAUUCCAGGUGGCCAUGUUAUUUUUGGGUUUGAUGUUGAAGGCACUUAUGGAUAAAUUGCCUGCUCUUGUAUAAAACACCCCCUGCUCCCUCCUAACCUCCUGUUCCCACUUAUAUUAGAAGUGAGAGGCUUUCUCCUUGAAGCAUGCUGAAGUUAUUUAAGUUGGAGUUGAUGAAUUUGACAUCUCUACCUUCCUCAUUCUGCCCAAGUCCUCAUGAAUCUCACCCACCCACUUGCCCUGGUUAGCUCAGACAUUUGAAUCCCUGGAACAUAUUAGGCUGCUGAGCUUGUGUGUAGCUGAUGGUUGCCGACACCUCUCCUUCGGUAUCACACUAUGCCCAAUUUAUCCUUUCUUAGAUGUGAUGGAUUUUUGGGGUGAGACCCCAGGCAAAAAGAUUGGGGGAGGUGAAUGAAUUCUGUAAUGGUAAGAUCGCGAUGGAUGUAGCAGUUUGGUCUUGUAGAGCAACACUUUCUGAAGUUUGCUGCAGACUGCUCAAUGUGGGUUCCAAAACAAGGGCUGAAGUGACGUACAAACGUCCACUUUGCAUGGUUUGGGAAUGAUUAAAAUUCCUCCUGAGGAUGGGGGGUAAUUCAGUUUUCAAAAGUCAAAAGAUUCAAAGCCCAUUUAUCGUCAAAGAAUGUAUAAAUUGUACACCUCAAUUUGUGGCUGCCUGUAAGCAGAUGAAGCUUUCUCAGCAAGUUCCCUGUCUGUCUUCUGUCCCCGGGUCAAUGGACCAUUUCUAUAAAUGCUUUUUCUCCUCUGUCAUUGCCCCAUGUUUCUCUUUGGGUUUGGAGGGAAGUUUUAAUGGACUCUCGUUCAAUUAAGUACCUUGUUUGAUUUGGACAAGCUCUAGCAUCAACAUUUCACUUGUGGAAUAGAUAAUCGUGGUACCAGUUGAGGUUGGCUUAACAAAAAAAGCUGGAAGUCUUCAACCUGGACAGCCCAAGUCAUUGCUGGUGUUUUAAACUUUGCCUUCCAUCCCUCUAUAUACUCACUGUCUCAUGGUCACAUCCUUAUCCAGCUCUUCAAGUCUACUUCUGCCCCAUUCCCUCCAGUGACCCUAGGACAUGAGCAGAAUUUGUCCAUUCAGCCUAUCAGUUAGCUCUACCAUUCUGUCACAGUUGAUCUGUUAACCCUUUCAACCCUGUUUGCCUGCAACCUUUGCCCUUGCUCAUCAAGAGCCUAACAACCUCUGCUUUAAAUCUACGGAUUACCACACACAAGACUUCAGGUAUUGGAAUCUAGAGCAGUGGGUGAGUUCCACAAUUUUGCCACUCAAUGGGAAUUUAGAAUGAUUUUUAUAUAAUUAGUUCCUAGCUCUGCUAUCUAUCACUCCUCCACCAUGUAAUAUCUUUGCCUGUAAUCGUUUUAACCCUCUGAUUUGAUUGUAACAUCCACAGAAAGCUUGUGAUGCAAUAUUCUCACUUAAUCAAAUGACUACUUCUCGUGUUACACUGCUGGUGUUUAGGGCAGCAAUGAAGGUCCUCCGUCUCUGGCGGCGUUCGCUGCUUCCUUCAUCGUGUCAGUAGCUUCCUCUCGGUUUUCGCUCAGGUCUUGCUUGGCUGAGAGUGGAGACUCAGGAACACCGUCACACUUAGAAGGAUUCUUCAUUCCUGCUUCCAUAAUGAUUGUUUGACCAGUCAGGGUUGUUGGCCCGGAGCUGAACCCAGUGGACCACUCUUAGCCUGGCCUCUACCCUUUGACCUGUGUGGCAUGGGUGACCCUUGGAGGUACUCCUGAAGGUAAUAGGAAAAAAAAACUUUGUAUUUAAACUAAGAAUAAAAUGAGGUUUGUGUUCA